CAUCGUUCGGCUUCGAACUUCGGGCGAGGCGGCUUGUCUCAGGAACCAGCUGUCUUGACACGGCGCGUCCUUACCAUCGCGGCGUCACGCUUCAAGUCAUCCAACGGCAAGCACGUUCGUGGAAAUAGCAGGGUCAAGAUCGGAUAAAAACACCCAAAUAAGCCGCACAAGAUCGGCGUCGUGUCGGUUGUCGGUUGUCCCACGGCGAGAACGUCGUUGGUCACGCGAUUCGGCGCGCGUCUGGCACGCCCUCAAAGCCAUGCAAGCGUGAAGAUACUACAAGUGAUAUCGUUGCGACGCUGGACCAAGUCGAUUACAUCCACAUUCGUCCGAGUCCAAAAGCUCCUGCAAACCUCGUCCGCGCCGUUGCUCACUAGAGACAAGUGAUAGGUCAACACUGUCGUGCAAACUGCGUGUUUUUAGCCCAAGAUCGCAUCCGAUGCAAGCUGUCGACACCGCCGCCGCGAUCCAGCCGGUCGCGGACACCGUCGCGACCGACGACGAGGCCCGCAAGCUCCUCAAGAAGGUGCUGGAAAAACGCAAGGCGUACCAAGCCCGGGCGGCCAAGGCCCUUCGGCGCGAAGAGGCUGCGCGCCUCAAGGCCGCCAAGGAGGCCGAGCGGGCGCAGGAGGCAGCCCAGCGCGCGCUACGAGACAACGCGUCCGCAAAGACGUCCCCUAAGAAAAAGAAAAAGCCCGAGUUGGCCAGCGUGAAUGCGCCACCGCCACCGGUCAAGACGCCCAAGGACUUUGAAGUCCCAUCGCUUCUCGGUGGUGCUGGCAUCGCGUCCGAGACACCAACGCUGACAGCGCUUCUCGUGGUCAUGACGCACUUCAAAGGUGCACAUUUACCUCCGAUACCGCCCUCUGCGCGCAGCGCUGUCGAGGCGCUGCAUGAGCUUUUGACGGACCCGGUGCUCGGUGGGCUCAAGCAAGCCCAGUGCAAAUUGCUUGUGAACCCGUCCAUUGUCGAGUUCCACGUCGAGCUUGCAUCGUUUGAAGCUGUACCUGUCAACGGCUCGUUCUUCUUGCUCAUCAUUUCGCAUGGUGUCCGCGUCGUGAGUGGGCCGCACCUUGGCUCGUUCGUGCUCUUUCCCGAGUCGCGCCUCUCGUCGAUCGAAGAACUCGCGCUCACCGCAAUGCACGAGCGCAAGCUUGUGGACGCUCUGUCUCGCAUCCCGUCGACGAACAAAUGUAUCGCGCUCGACGUCUGCCAGGACCAGGACGUGGCGCCGAAUGUGACCGAGACGGCGAUCAAAGGCCGCGUGCAUUCGGAGAUGGCCACGCGUCUUCUGACUCUUUUCCAUGAGAAGCGGGCCUCGGGGGCCAAGGAAGACCUCCCGAUUUUCGUCCUCGAAGCCUGCAAGACCCGCACACAGACGGCGCUCUAUAGCGCCGACGACCACACGGUCCAAAGCCUCUUUCCGCGCCGACUCUUGGAUGCGUUUCGCGGGGCGGGCGUCUCGCAAGGCGUUCUCGACUACCACGGCAACUGGGCCGAGGACAGCACCAAACUGCCAUACAUUUACCUGCGCGACGUCGUCAACUAUGUCGUCUCGCGGGUCCAGUACGACGCCUACUGCUACGCCGAGCGGAGCAAGCCCACGGAGCGCAAGGCGGCGCUGGCCCAAGCACUCGGCCCGUCGCUCGAGCAGACACCGCAAUUUAGCACCAAAUUAUCGCUUGUCGACUUUCCACUCGCUUUUGCGCCGAAGCCCCCGAGUGUGGUGCCGGCAGCCCCGACGCUGGUCCCCACGAACGCGCUCACGUCGAUCACCGUCAUGUGGAGUGCGCCCUCGCCCGUUGCCAACCCGCGCCAGCCGUUCUCGCCCAUCCUCGGCUUCCACGUCGAGUUCAAGGGCAUUGGUCGCGCGUGCGAGACGUGGCGCCUCGUCGGGACGUACCUUGUCCGCGCGUACGACCACGUCGUGCACGAAGCCGUGUCGCUUACCACGACUGCCACGGCCGUCGGUCUUCUGCCCGACGCUGGCUACUGCUUCCGCGUCCGCGCGCGCAACGCUGGCGGCUGGGGACCCUUCUCCCCGCCGUCGCCCGCCUUCUGGACCUGCGCCGUCUCGUCGUCGACCAGCUACGUGGUCGAUGCGGUGGCAGCGACGCACCUCGGUGCCACUGGUAUUGUGGCAUGGAUGGCACGCUACGCGAGCGUCAGCGGUGUCCAGCGCACUGGCUGCGAAGCGCUUCGUGUCGUCGUGCUCGGUUCAGGACCCGCCGAUGGGACGGGUGCGAUGAGUGCGCUCCAGAGCGCUGCGCUGGACGUGGUCUUUGCCGCCAUGAAGACGUUCACCGACGAUUUCAAGCUCCAGGAGGCGAGUGCAACUGUACUUGGCCACCUCUUUCGCCACGGCGACGUCCGGCGGAGCCUCUCGUCGACACAAGUGCACUCGGCCAAGUUCCUUCUCGAGGCGCUUCAAAGUCGGUUUCCUGCUACCCAAUACCCGUCGGGCCACACGACGGCACGCUGGGCACUGCGCCUCUUGCACCAACCGGCGCCACGCCGUCGCGCGCUUGGGCUCCAAGAGGCCGCCAUGAAGAUCCAGGGACUGUACCGCCGGCGCCAAGCCCGGCGAGCACUCCGGGCGGUCGCCGCCGCAACGUACCAAGCAGCAGUGGACCCGACAACGGGCCUGAGCUACUUUUACAACACCAUGACGGGCGCAGCCAUGUGGACGGUGCCCCCCAGCCUUCGGCAAUAGCGAAAUGGGAUCCGCGGUCGAGUUUACAACUCCCACUAGUGCUCGCGUACUUUCUCGAGCACGCAAUUUCGACUAAGAACUAAGUUGAUGUCUGCGAGGGCCAAUGGGCUGAGCCACGUAUUGCCGUUCGAGCGAUCUCACCGCGCUCGUUAUCGGGUUGCGCAGUCGCUGCCAGCGACGGAUCUGUCGAGCUCUUAGCCAAGUCGAGAUCGACUGAAUUCGAUGUACUGGUUGUAUUUAUGGUGGUGGUUAAGUGAGAAUACGAGU